GGACGUAUGUGUGGAUCAGAGCCAGAGGAUUAAAAAGCUCCUUUGCAAGCUGAAAAGAAAGAGAAGAGAGGAGAGACGCAAGCAGUGGUGCCGAGAAGGAGCAGGACACUCUGCCGCCGACAAUAGCCAGCAUGACGGUCAUAGUAGCAGUUCUGAAUCGCCCAGUGACUCGCACACUGUACUCUCUCCUACUACUAGUCCUAUCCAACAUGCAAGUGAUGUGAGAAAUGCUCCGUGUGAUGGUGAUGCUCAAACAACACCCAGAUUAGGAAUACAGCCAAAUGCCACAAGUGCAAGUACAGUAAAUCUAGCAGAGGCGUGCUCUGACAACCCAUCGCCCAAGCCUACCAUACUCCCAGAGCUGCACCCAUCUCUCCGCAGGCUUGAUGCUCUAAAAGAAGGAGAAAGGCAGGUUGAAGUGUCAUUAGUGCGUCCAAGAGCUAAGUCUUCCAGUGCUGCUGGUUUGAAUCAGUGUUCAAGAUCUCCUCGUAUCCAAUGCCGGCACUCCAUCCAGGCACCCCUGACAUGUUCAGCUGAUGGAAAGUAUGAGUCUGCGGCAACAUUUUCACCAAGGCUUGCUCCCGAGUCUGCUACAACUUCACCAAGGCUUGCUCCCGAGUCUGCGACUAGAUUUUCGCCAAUGCUUGCUCCCAAGUCUGCGCCAAGAUUCUCACCAAGACUUGGUCAUGAGUCACAGUCUGCAACAAGAUUUUCACCAAGGCUUGGUCGUGAGUCUGCUACAAGAUUUUCACCAAGGCUUGCUCCCGAGUCUGGGACAAGAUUUUCACCAAAGCUUUCUAAGUGUGAGUCUGAGACAAGAUUUUCACCAAGGCUUGCAAAACGGCAAGAUAGUAUUGCUCUCGCACGACGCCAUACGGAAGGCAGCAAAACUGAUCACUACUCUCAAUCCAACCACAGUCCUGUACUAAGGCCGACCAAGAGACUCCAUCAUGGAUUUGGUGGUAGUGUUCAGCACCUUGUGUAGCAGGACACAGCUCAGUCUACUUACUUAUUACCUGGUGCAGGCGUGUUUGUUUUCCAGCUUCAAUUUCUUCCUUUUGGUGAAUAUCUUCCUGUUGGUGAAAAAUUCAUACAAAAGAGAGACACCCAUCACCAUAGGAAAGUGGAGGAUUUAACAUAAUAUGAUAUUGGCAUCAUGGCGGGCCGUUCCAUGGUCUACAUGCAGUCGAAACCAUGAUAACUAAACAAUGCGGAAGAUAGUUACAGCAUUCAUAUUGCUCUGCAUGUUAGGAACUUUGGAUCAAGCGCUUCCUUCUCUUCUUUGCACCCAAAAUAUUAGAUGCGGUACUACUUUUUCAGUCAAAUGCAGCAUAUUUUCAACAUUUUUAUCUGCAAAUACUGCAUGUCAUGCAUGUCAUUAUAUUAAUUAUUUACAAAGUAUAUUGCAAAAAUUCAUUGUUUGUGCUCCCAGUUGCUGACCUGGACAUUCACUGUGCUGAGCGCUAUUUUCAAGUAGUUGUCACUAUUGAAGUAUUCUUAUUCUAAUACUGCCUGCUCUUUAGUAUUGCACUUGAGCACCUCCUUUUUGUUCUCCAGGUAAAAUAGGGUAGCUACCUUAUUUUCCAGAGUGCAAGCCGGCUAGCUGCACUGGAGUAUAAGCCGUAAUCAGAUUUUUUUGUCACAAAAUAGUAAAUUUGACCAUCGUAGUAUAACACCUUCGCCAUGUUUUUGACCAGUUCCGCUGAACUUUAACUGAGGGUUUCGAUCUAUGGUUUUGCUUUAGCUCUAUAUUAAAGUUGCUGUAUGUUGACAUUUUUCCUUUAUUCCCUGUACUUACGCCAUGAUGAGAAGGGAAAGAAAACGUGAAUCAUUACUGGUGUAUUUAAAAGUGUGGCAUAUACCCCCUGAGAAAAUUAUGGUUAUCGUACAGCAAAAACGAGCUAAUAAACUACUCUGGUAGAAAUGUGUUGGGCUCUCACCAGCAAUACUGUUGGCACUUUCUAUUUCAUCCCCACCGCAGUGCACAGGAUUUCGUCAUACGUUUUUGGAUCAGUUAUGGCUGGUGCAAUUUCCUUCUCACAACUUAUCCUGUUUAUCGCUGUUCGUUGUGUUUGCAGCCAAAGCUCACACUGCAUGCCCUCUUUCUGACAGACAC